UUAGCUUACUCAGGAAUCAAUCCAAAUUGUUUCUAAUGACAGUCACUGUUGGCCUUGAGCCCUGCUGGGAUAAGCACUUACCAUAUAAGUGUUUCUGUAUAAGCUAUUUUUAUGAUAAAAGAUAAAUUAAAAUUAAACUAUUUUCAUAUUAGAUAUACGUGGUUUUAAUAAUCUCUCCCAAAUAGUGUCACAAGUCAUAAGUAUUUACUUAUGCUACUAGAUAAGGUCAAAUAAGCUAUAAGUUGUUUUCACUAACAUCUAUGUUUUCAACAAGCAAUCCAACCAAGGUUACAAGGUGAAAACUUAGACAAGAACAAAAUAUUGUAUUCUUGGAUGGAAAAGUUGGCAGAGGAGAAGCAUGAAUGUACAUCUUCACAACUUGCUCUUGCAUGGAUUCUUCAUCAAGGAGACGAUGUUGUGCCCAUCCCUGGAACAACCAAGAUAAAAAAUAUUGAAAGUAAUAUCAGUUCGUUUAAAGUGAAGCUCAACAAAGAUGAUUUGAAAGAGAUCGAAGAGGCUGUGCCAAUAUCUGAGGUGGCAGGGAAUCGGACACCCGAUGCUUUUGUUCAAUUGUCAUGGAAGUUUGCUAAUACUCCGUCAAAAGCAUAGUUUGAGACCAGUUUUGCAUCUCAGUGUUUGCAAUUAAAAGUUUCUAGUUGGUCUCUUACAUGACUCGCAAAUGUAAUCCCAUAUGAAUAUGAACAAAACCGAUUGUAAUCAGUCGAAUAAGAAUA